ACAGGUUUGGAACGACAUGAGAGUGGAUGCUGUCAUGCCAUUUGGGUGCCUUGCUCUGCGAGAUGGGCGGACAUACAACAGCCUGUCAGAUGUCACUGACAAAUACGAGAUCGGACAGGUCCUCAAGGCGAAAGAAUUUUGUGAGCUGUGCCUGGUGAAGGAACGACAGACGGACAAGGUCUAUGUGUGCAAGAAAUUCCUCAAGAAAGAUGGCAAGAAAGUGCGGAAGGCAGCCAAGAACGAGAUCAUGAUCUUGAAAAUGCUCAAACACCCAAACAUCUUGCAGCUGAUUGAUGCAUUCGAGACCAGGAAAGAGUUCUUCAUCGUACAAGAACUGGCCACAGGUGGAGAUGUGUUUGAUUGGAUCUUAGACCAGGGGAACUACACAGAGAGAGAUGCCUCCAAUGUGAUCCGUCAGGUCUUAGAAGCAGUGGCGUACCUUCACUCCCUCAACAUCGUCCACAGGAACUUAAAGCUGGAGAACUUGAUGUACUAUAGAGAGAGUAAUCACAACAAAGUCGUGUUGCGGGAUUUCUACCUGUCCAGGUUUGAGAACGGCUCAAUCACUGAACCCUGUGGGACACCUGAAUACCUUGCUCCUGAAGUGGUGGCGCGUCAUCGCUAUGGAAGACCAGUCGAUUGUUGGGCGGUGGGGGUCAUUAUGUACAUACUGUUGUCUGGAAACCCUCCCUUCUAUGAUGAAACUGAGGAGGAGAACACCGACAUGCACAACCGGAUCAUCUUCUGCCGCAUUGUUGGUGGAGAAUUUGAAUUUGAUUCACCGUACUGGGAUGACAUUUCCCCUGCUGCAAAAGAGCUGGUCUGCAGACUUAUGGAUGUUGACCAAAUGCUGAGAAUUACUGCACAAGAUGCACUUUCGCAUGCAUGGAUCGCUGGAAAUGGGGCUUCGGAAAAGAAUCUGAAGGAAGGAGUCUGUGCUCAAUUUGAGAAAAACUUUGCAAAGGCAAAGUGGAGGAAAGCGAUUCGUGUCACCACAUUCAUGCAGCGCCUCCGAGCCUCCGAAGCUGGAUCAUCUGAUGGUGCAGUAGAAGCCAAGGGCGAAGGGGUCAGAGCAGAUGGAUUAGAUGGUAAGGGGACACUAAAAGACUCAGGUGGCGUUUCUACUGUGAGCAAGUCCCAUGAGGUGUCCGUCGUAAGCAGAUCCGUGAAGAAUCAAGAAGAAGACGAAGCAGAACACAAAAAAGUAGAAGAGAAAGAAGCAGAGACCCUUGCCCAAUCAAACAGCUCUUUAAAAGUACAAGCAGAGGAGCCGAACAAGAUAGAGACUAACGAAAGCACUUCUGAAAUAGAGGACAAACCAUCAACGCGAGCAAGCCAGAAAGCAGCGCCCAUCCAGCCAAUCAAGACCUCAGACAGCCGAGAGAACCACAUCCCCACAGAGCCAGAGGCCACAACUGUUGGCAAUGUUGAAAAGAAAUCACCUCUCCCUGAUACUCCAAAUCGACGCAAGAUGGCUGCAAAUCUCUCGAUGGAUCAUAGCUCAUGUUCGGAUGCCAAAACCAGUUCCUUGUCAGUGGAAAAGGAAACACCCCUUCAAUCAGAAGACAAGAAAGACACGGCCCAUGAUAUGGCCGCAAGCAGCUGGUGUCAAACACAGCUCCCAGAAGCAGUUGCAGAGAGGCCAGCAGAAGUUGGGGCCACUUGCGAGGUCAACCCCAAUAGCAGAGAGUUGAAGAAAGGACGACCGGACAAGGGGAGCCAAUCGGCGAAAAACAUCCAGUGUACGUAUGCGGGAUUGGGAUCUUCAAGUCUCGGCCAUGAUAAAACGGUAUUUGAGCAGGAGCUGCAGGAGAUGGUCCAUGGUGCAUCAGGGUACGGGAGCCCAUACUGUCCAACCUACUCUGUCGGACAGUACAGUGGUCUAGAACCAGGAAGUGGAACCAGCGCGGACUGGCAAAUGGAUUGUGUAAUCGAACAAAUUGAGAAGCAAAUGGCUGCCGUGCUAGAGAAGAUCGAGGGGGAUAUGCCUUCUUUGCUGGAGCAGAUCAGCGAUCAUCCUGAGACCCUUCCGAGAGCAAAAAGCGCCAGCUCUUCCCCAUCACCCAGACCUCGCUCGUACCAUCAUUCGACCCCGCCACCCCUUCCCACCACACCUCGCCCAGCAAUGCCUUCUCUACCACACCUGACCAUCCCGCCUCCCUCGUACCCGCCACCUUCCCCACCCAGUCACGUCCAGGGUCACAGCCAUCCGACUGGUGACGAGGGUAACAGCGAUGACCAGAAGUCUACAAAGCGGUCUGGCCAAUCACCAAGGGGAAGUGUGUCAGGAAAAGGCUUGUAAAAAUGCUAAGAGGAUGUGAAGGCUCAAGAAUGAAGUAGGUGCACCAUGUAACAAUAAAAUCUUUGGGAUAUAGAUUAUGGAUCCUUGAGUACAGCAUACCUUUUGGGGCUGUACAGUGAUAUUUGGGGCUUAAACGCCAAGAGCCUUGUUAUUGAUUGUAUGUGAAGGAUAAGAAGCUUUUUUAAUGUGUAAAGAGGAGAGUAACUGAGCAUUUUGUAUUAUUAGAGGAAACCGUUAAGGUUAACCCACUUGUAAAUGGUUCUGCUCUACACUACCAGAUCAUAGCAAGCACUAAUAUGUUUCCUAAAUAACAAUUUCAUAAUUGUAAUGUAGAAUCUGUGGAGAGUUUGGAUACAAAAGUUUAUAUAACUUGAAAAAAAACCCCACCUUUAAUGAAACUUGUUCCCUUAAAACAAGUUGGCAUCCUGCUCUGUUUUGGAGAACCGCUGUGCAAUUGCUCUUCACCAGUUACUGACUUUGGAGGGUGUUAUGAUUUUUGUCACUUCAUCCAUCUUGGAUUUUUGCUCUGAGAUAGUGAAGUUGAAGCAGUGCAUUUGUGUCCUCUCAUCAAUCAUUUACCUUCUGUAAUAUUUCCAAUAAGACUAGUUCAUUUAUCAUUCUUAUUGUAUAUUCUCACAUUGUACAGUAGUUUCUAUAAGUCUCUGCCAAACAUGACAGUCUUUCAUUGAUUGAGAAUGAUAAUACUCAGAAUGCGAUAAUUGAUCAUAACUUUGAGACUGCUUUACAGCUAUAUUCUUUUUCCUGGCCCCCUUUGUUUCUGUUGUAUAUGUCCAUAUACACGUUUGUUUAAUUAUCAUUCUCUCACUCUCUUUUCACAAUUUAUUAUGCAUACUAGUAUAUCUUUACAUUGUAUAAUACUUUUGCUAAUAUAUCUUAAAGUAAGCUCUAAUGUCUAUAUGUAAAGUCCUUGCAAAUGUUUGUGAAUUGUAACUGUGGCUUCCACCUCCUCAAAUAUUAUAUAGUUUUUGGUGAUGUGAAUAUUCUUCCAAGUUAUUUUUUGCACUCUCUACACAAAUAUUUCAAUAAAACUCAGAUCAAACCA